AGGCUGAGAAAGACGAAUUGCACGUCCUCUAUUGGGAUCACAUCACAGCGAGCAGUAAAUAAUCCAAUUCCUAAGUUGCUUUUUCGUGGUGCCACAGAUCAACAGUCAGAGCGGUACGCCUCGAGGCGUAGAAUACAGUAUAGCCAAACCUGAAGAGGAAUCAUCGCCGCCACAUUUCCGCAAUUCGUACUACAACACUCCACCAAUGCUAGCCUAGCCUGAUUUGAGCUGUGCAUCUUGAGUUAUUUCAUUACUAAAGCAAAGAAGGCUGUAGCAUUUGCUCAGGAAGAUGAGGGAAACAAAGGAUUGUGAAGAUGGCGAGAGAUCAAGAGUUCGAAGCUAAAUGAAUCGUUAGCGAAAGGAGAUCUCGAUGCGGUCUUCAUCGUCCCGUCCCGUUUCUGGGUCGCCAGGAGCUUACAGGGGUGUACCGCAGGAAAGAGGCUCAAUCUUCGACGAUCUGUUGGGCAGCUGAACAAAAGGCUUGGUCUAACUGAGCGCUUGAAGGCAGCUAACUUUAAGGCUGACAUCCUGAAAUGAAGCUCAAAAGGAAACCCUCUUCCAAAAAGCACAUCGACUCUUGUUUACAACUGCAACAGAUUCAUGGGGAGUAACUUGAUGGAGCAAAAUAUGGCGGACUACGGGCGAGGUGUGGAAUGGUACAUGAGCGAUGAAUGUGUUUUCCAACGAUCGGACAGAGAUGAUAUAUACAUGCCGACGGGGAGCUCAUAUAUUGAGAUGUGGAAUUAUCCGGGAGGAGGCGUGAGCGUUCUUGAAGGAAAGCUAGAUCAUGACGAUGUGCCGGAAUGGCUGGCGAGGGAACCCCCUCUAGAUGACAAGAUGAACACUGUGACCGGCGGAACCCGACUGCUGUAAGUCAGACACCUAAUUACCUCUGAGGAGAAUCACAAGGCUAUCAUUGUGCCAUAAUUACGAAGGUAGGCAUCGGAAAUAUAUUGACACGUGACCAGAAUUUCAACCGUUCAAUACCAGCGAGGCUGGCGAGACACAUUCGGAUUCUCGCAGGAUACCAUGCGUAAAAUAAUGGCAGAAUUCAAACUUCCCGUCUCUUUUCUCCAAGGAUACUACUCCUCUCGAGGUUGUUACAGCCGACACACGUUAUCAGAACUAGCGGGACCUCCAUCCGACUCUCAUAUUGGCUUCAUAAUUGACCAAGGCGUGUCAGCACCAGAUGACCAUAACAUAACCUUCACAUGGGAUGCCAAGACACGAAUCACCAAAGGCUUUCUACGCACCACAUCCAAAGGCGACCGAGCCGACAUCCUCCGCGGUGUGCGAAGUUUCAAGACCCUAGCAUCACAUCCUCUCCCACUAUGCGUCAUCUUCAUCGAACUCAACAGUAUCUGGGCUGUGAGCAACAUCGGCGAUAUUAUCGGAAGAGUCUUCCAUAUCCAGAGAAAGACGGGUCAUGUUGGAGCUAUGUGGGCUGUCAAUCCGGAUGGCAAGGAGAAAGAGCACGAUUGGGCGAGUAUGACCCUUGAUUUGAGUUUUCUAGGGCAGACCAUUAGUUUGGAUCGAUUGAGGGCGCAGAAUGCGGUGAGGUUGUUCGAAUUUAUCAAGGAUACCAUGGAUGUGUUGGAUGUUAAGAGUGAUGGGAGGAUUAUUGCGUUGUUGAAAGAAGACGAAAAGGAAAGCUUUGAGAGGGAUUCAGAGGUUUUGUUGGAUAUUUCGAGGGCGGCGCAUAAUAAGCUUUCGAUGCAUAUUGACGUCUUUGGACAUUACAAAGAGCUUGCCAGUGUGCAGAAUCAAACGGUGUACAAUCUAAUCGCCCCGCGAGACAUCCAGCAAAACAUCGAGAUAGCCAAAGAUUCGAAAUCCAUAGCCGUAGCUAGCAAACGAGAUAGUUCCGCAAUGAAGUCCAUCUCCCUCCUAACAAUGGUCGUCCUCCCGGGAACCUUCAUCAGCACACUCUUCGCCGUGCCUCUGUUCGACUGGGACGCAUCCAGCUGGUCCGAUGUCGCCAAACCACGGUUUUGGUUCUACUGGGCGAUUACGGUGCCUUUGACGCUGGCGACUCUGGCGAUCUGGAUGGUAUGGGAGAGGGCAUUUCUCAGGAAGAGUGAGGAGUUGGAGCGUAUUGCUAGAGACGAGGUUGCGGAAGGGAGUACGGGGGAGGGGAAGGGUGGGCAGGGCGGAAUGAAUGGAGAGAGUGGUGCGGGGGAUGGGGAGGAGAGAGGGGAGAGGGGGAGUAGGAGAAGUGAGAGGAGGAGAUCAGGAAGUGUGGUGAGUAGUGCGAGAGGGAGCAGUAUAACAUCCAGCGGAAGUUAUUACGCGGGGAGUAGGGCGAGUAGAGAGGGGUAUCGUGGGGGUAAUGGUGGACGAGGUCCGAUGCAUGAAGUUAUCAAUAUCGAUGCUGGAGCUCGCAUCGUAACUCAAAAUGUCAACUUUGGUGGCGAAUCGGGAGGGGAUAGGAAUGAGAACAGAGAAGAGGGAGAUGGUGAAGCGUUGGAUGAGAAGGGAGCUAUUGAGACUUAUGUCGAGCCGGAAGAGGCCUUUGACCGACCACCUGUGAGGAGACACACUGCGCCUGUGAGGAGGGGAUCGAGAAUUGGUGAGGGGAUGGUUGGAUAA